AUGAAAUGGCUUUCCGUGGUAUUUCUGUUGCAACUCUUUGUUGCUGCGACCUUUAGUUUUCAUUUGCAGAACGUUCUUGACUCAGUCCGGGACUUCUCUCGUGGACUACAGCAAAAGGUUAUUGGAACUACCGGCUCUCCUCUUCUGUCUCUUAAAUCUCAAUUCGAAUCUCAAAAUCUGCAACAUGUUGCCAGUGAAGGGUUCAGAUAUUAUACAGAAAUGACUCAGGAAGAAUUGAUGAGCUCGGAUAGUAAAGAGCUUCUUGCUAACUUGAAUCAACUUGAAGAUCAAUAUGUCAUCAGGUUUUCGCACUGGAGUUGCUCCAAGUCCAAGGAUUCCAUUCUAAUUCAAUCUAAGAGACUAAAUUUGGAUAUAUGGGAAGUUUCUCAGGCUCAUAAAUUUAUUGAUGUACGCUGUACAAGAGAACAGGCAUUAGAGCUCGUUGAAGCUGUUACCAAAGUUUGUCCUAAUGGACAGUAUCAUGUCAGUAUUAUGAUCGAAGAUCUUCCACAGGCUAUCUUUGAGACCUUGGAUAUUUCUGAAAGUGAUUACAAUUUAGCGGCGGAAGAAGAAGAUGUAUCUCUCUUAAGUGGAAAUAUCUUUUUCAAGAGAUUCAGGAGAUUAGAGACCAUCUACAAGUGGUUUGAUAUCUUGGUUGAUACUUAUCCAGAUUUACUCAGCAUUGAGUGGAUUGGUCAAACUUUUGAAGGUAGAGAUAUUAAAGCAUUGAGAAUAAGUGAUCAUAAGUCAAACGACGAAGCCAUCAAGACCGUGGUGAUCACAGGAGGUAUCCAUGCUAGGGAAUGGAUCAGUAUUUCAACGGUUUGCUACGUGAUUUCCAAUAUCUUGUCUGAUUAUGAGAAUGGAAGCAAGAAAGUUAGAAGAUACCUACAAAACUUGGACUUUCUAUUUCUUCCAGUGAUGAAUCCAGAUGGAUAUGACUAUUCAUGGAAGACGGAACGUCUCUGGAGAAAGAACCGUCAAGAAACUUAUCAUCCAAGAUGCUUUGGUAUAGAUAUUGACCAUUCUUUUAACUUUCAUUUCACCAAGGGCGAAGAUACUUCCCCUUGUAGUGAAGAGUAUUCAGGAGAAGGAGCGUUCGAGAGUUUAGAGAGUUACGCCUGGGAUAACUAUCUUAACGAAACGAGGCAUAAGCAUCCCAUAUAUGCCUACAUUGAUCUCCACUCAUAUGCCGAGGAAGUGUUGUAUCCGUACGCUUAUUCAUGCACGGAGCUUCCCAGAGAUGAGGAGAAUUUGUUAGAAUUGGCCUACGGUCUUUCACAAGCAGUUAGACUGCAAUCAGGUAAGAUGUACAGUGUUCUUUCGGCUUGUGAAGACAGAGGGGCUGAUCUUCUACCAAGCAUGGGCGCAGGUUCCGCUCUAGAUUACAUGUAUCAUAACAAAGCAUACUGGGCAUUUGUGUUGAAGCUACGAGACAGUGGAAGUCGGGGUUUCUUGCUUCCCAAAAAGUAUAUUGUACCCGUUGGUAAGGAGAUAUAUGCAUCUAUCAAGUACUUUGCAGACUUCUUGUUGAAUCCAGAUAAUUGA